AUGUGUAGAGUAGUCCGACAAAGGCACCCUUGUGGUGUUGACUCGAUCAGCAACACAACGUACUGCGAGGAAUCCGUGACAGACGAGGACACGGGCGAGCGUUCCACGUGUGGAACAACCACUUGGAAAGAGCCAGAGGGCAUCACCCAGAAGCCCUGUAACGUCCGAACGAGCAGCCAAUUUGCCGCACCAACGACGGCGGCAAAAUUUGCAAGCACAAAGUAUGCGAACUUUGCGUACCGACAAGGUAUUUGCGGCUUCCAGUCCGAUAGAUUCUCUGGUGAACAGCUGAAUCAGAGGCGAGACCCAUUCCAAAAGGCAACACUGACUAACUUUUGA